CAGUUACACCAGGGAAGAAAAUCUUGAGGAGUUCUUGCUUCAACAGUGUUUGAACGGAACUUCUUCCUUCGUCCCGCUUUUUAUUUCAACUACUCUGCAUUCCGGACACAAGCAGCCUUUUCUACUUGAACACUACUGAUAAAGUCGUCGUAAAGCUCUGUUUUUGUACCGUUUUGUUAAUAAAAAGCUAAACGCCAGCUAAAAUGGAGUCCCAAGUGCGUCAGAACUACCACCGCGAGUGCGAGGCCGCCAUCAACCGGAUGGUCAACAUGGAGCUGUACGCCUCUUACACCUACACUUCUAUGGCCUUUUACUUCUCCCGUGAUGAUUUGGCCCUUCCAGGCUUUGCCCAUUUCUUCAAGGAAAACAGUGAUGAGGAGAGGGAGCAUGCUCAGAAGCUGCUGUCCUUCCAGAACAAAAGGGGAGGACGCAUUGUCCUGCAGGACGUCAAGAAACCAGAGCGUGAUGAGUGGGGGAGCGGGCUGGAGGCCAUGCAGUGCGCCCUGCAGCUGGAGAAGAAUGUCAACCAGGCUCUGCUGGACCUGCACAAACUGGCUUCUGGACAUGUAGACCCUCAUCUGUGCGACUUCCUGGAGACCCACUACCUGAACGAGCAGGUGGAGGCCAUCAAGAAGCUGGGCGACCACAUUAGCAACCUCACCCGCAUGGACGCCAACACCAACAAGAUGGCAGAGUACCUGUUUGACAAGCACACCCUGGAGGGCAAGAGCUAAACGCAAAGUCCCUGGGCUUUAAACUAAACGCAACCUUCUGCUCCAGUUUAUUUACGAGCGUAAUUUCACAUCUAAUUGGCUUAACCUCUGUUAAGUUCUCGUACGUUCUCUGUGGUGUUAAUGUUCUAAGGAAGGAUGGAUGGAUCUCCGCUUCUGCUUUGCACUCUAACUAUAAACCUCCCCUUGUAAUAUUUUAACUGUGAUUAUCUGAAUAAACAUUUUGAGCUGGA